UGGUCCAGCCCACCCCUCCCCGUCCUCAGGCAUCAAGGCCUCACCUUGGACUUCUCCCUCGUUGCGACUCGUCCUGCCGUGUCGCAUUCCCAUGUCUUGCAUCGUUGUAUCUUGGUUUAUUCCUUCUGACUUGCAGCUUCAUUUGUUGCUCCCAUUUCUUGAUCUUGUACCCCACCAAACCCUUCUCCCGCCAUCAGCGCAUAGUCCACAUCCCCAUUCGACCCGUGGCGCCCUGCGUUGUCGCGACUAACCAGACACCUCCCAAGCCUUUACUUACUCGCCCAAUCCCCGACAGUGAGCGUUGCGCCCGCACGUCCUCACUUGUCGCCUCGCGAUCGCCGCGAUUUCACUGGCCUUGGAACUUUCGCGGGUGUCGUGCGCAACCCCGUCCAUGAUGCUGGACGAAUUGGACCACGUAUUUGACGAUCAUCCGUCGCUGGAUGCGUCCCUCGAAGACUUUGAGAACAACAGUAGUCCCCGGCCCUCCCCGGUCUUCGGCCUGCCAUCACAGCAUUCGGGCUUUCGAGCUGAAGAAUCCGACGGGGAAGAUGAAGCGACCCCCAACGGCGAGGUGUGGUCGCCCCCGGGCGAUCGCCGGUACGACUUCGUGCAAGGCAGCGGAUGGUACCGCCACUCGCCAUACACGCGCAAGUUCGACGAGGAUCGACCGACCUUGAAACCGACCGUGGGCCUCAGUCCAUCGCAGUCGCGCGAACCGAGCCCCCAGUAUGAGGAUGCGAUGGAGGCGCCUACCGAGGUGCAGCGAAGUGUGUCGGCGGAUACGGGGGAUGUCACACUGGCCGCCAAUGUGCCUCUGCCCACCGGAGCAGAAUCACCCCUGAAGGGUCGCAGUCCAAGCCCCGUGCGAGGCGCGGAGACCAGCCCGGGUCCGGAGGACGUAGACUUUCGGCCUGAGAAUAACAUCAGCAAUUACAUCCGGUUCGCUGUUAGGGCUGAAGUUCAACAUCGCGAACCCUUCGUCGCAUUCUUCGGUUACUUGCGAUCCAAGUUCGACAACAUAACCAGCUCCAAAUCUAGCACGAUCCUAUCGGCUGUCGCCCUUUUCCUCUCGCUCGCCAUCAUGCACGCGCUAUUCCUACCCAGCGUCCCGCAGUCCAUCCCGGAUCUGGUGAAGCUGUCCGGGUUCGCGCGAUCAUUCGAGCCACUGAUCCACUACUCGGAGAAUGGCGUGCAGCAUAUCGGGGCACUGCAGGAGACCGGCGUGGCCGUGUGGGACCUGAGCGAGUCGGUGCGCGGGACGAACAUGACCAGCGCGCCGAUCAUCGUGGGCCAGCUGGAUGAGCUAUCCGACUCUUUGAAGUCGCUAUCGCUGGAGCUGACGCGCUUCUUCGCCAACGUCGACUCCGACGUCGACUCGAUCCUCAUCGUCAUGGACUGGGCCAAACGAGAGCUCGAGGCCCUGUCCUCCCAGCCGCCCAGUUCACUCCCGACGAUCGUCUUCGACAACGUGCACGACCUGCUGGCGCAGCUGGGUACGCUGGAGCAGGUGGCGGAACCAAGCAGCGGCGACGAGGGCGGCACCAGCGAACUCACGACGACCCCGACCACUUUCGGCAACAUCGUGACCACCAUCUUCGGACAGACGGCCGCCCAGCGCACGCGGUCCGCCCUCACGCGCACCUUCACCGAGUUCCUCUCUGUGCUGGAGGAGUCAAUCAACAGCGAGCUGACGCACUCGACGGCGCUCUUCGCACUCUUCGAGUCCAUCGACCGCCAGUUCCUGAACCUGCAGCGCACCGUUGUCCGCGAGUCGGACGCCCAGGAGCGCGCCGAAGGCGAGAUGCUCAGUUCACUGUGGACGCGCGUGCUGGGCCCGAACGCCGCCGUAGUGCGCAAGUACGAGAAGAACAAGCGCCUGCUCGCCAGCGUCCGCAGCCGCACCGUCGCCAACAAGCACCUCCUCAUGGACCACCGCGGCCGCCUGCUGACCCUCAAAGUCAACCUUGAGACGCUGCGCCGGAAGCUGGUGAGCCCACUCGUCCGCCGCAACGACUCAGUCAGCUUCGUCGGCGCCCUCGACAGCGGUCGCAGCAACGGCCGCCUGCUGGGUCCCGUCGAAGCCGUCAUUGAGGGCCAGAUCCGCGGUCUCGAAGGCAGCUACGACUACCUGCGCACCGUGCGGGAUAAACAAAAAGCCAAGCUCAUGGAGAUGGUGUACGGAUCCGGCCGGAAACUCCCCUCCACACUCCUCCCAGAAACUUCCGACGAGGGUGAAACAAUAGAGGGGUGACUGACCAAUCCGAUCCACCUUCACCUUCACCUCUCUUAUUGCUCUUCACAAUUAGCCAUCACAACCCGUCACAUCCACCAUUCACAA